GAGGAAAGAGGAGGCGCGCUCACAGGACGCACAGUUCAGCUCCUCUCUCAGCCACGCACACAUCGGCCAAACCGCGGCUUGAGUUUCCACUGGGCUACAGAAAUCAACUCAUUUCAUUGUUAGAGUGAAGAGUUAUACAGCAACAGUGAAACAGUGAAAACAAAGAGGACAGGUCGUGCGAAAAUCCUGUAACUUCGGUCGUCAUCGUCCUUUCUGCUGGUUGGAGAGAGCGGAGAUGAUGGAGCGCAAACUCGGAUCCAAGAUGUUCGCACUGCUGCUGCUUGGACUGUCAGCGCUGGCUUCAUAUGAUAAUAUGGUCAGCACAGUGGCACCAGAAAGUCCAGCUGGUCCCGGUUCAGACUUGGCUGCAGGACCUGAGUCUGGAUCUAGUCUCGAGGAAACUGUUACUGUCAAUGUGUCCAACAAUAACAUAGAGACCAGUCCUACCCGUGGUUUCAACAGGACUACAGAGCUGAUGCCUUUGAUACCACUGAACAUGUCCAAUGGAACCUCCACACCAACGGUCUCUUCAGAAUUUCUUAAUGAGACCAUAUCGGAAGUGUCAACGUUACGUCCUACUUCAGAAAAUCAAACCUUGCCCAUUCUUCUUACAACCAUCUCUACAACCACUUUAAGCUCAACUCCAAAAAAUGAGACAUUACCUGUGCCACAUACUUUUUCAACUCUGGAAACUACCACUGCUUCACAGCCAAAUGUUUCUAUUCAUACUGAAAAUAUCACAAUUAAACCGACUGAAUCUAUAAAUUCUCCUGUCACUACUAAUACAACUAGCACUGCUACAACUACUUCAGCUUCCACCACCAUUGCUGCCAGUACUACACAAAAAAGUACUCAGGCACCGGCAACCAAGUCAAAAAGUACAACUUCUACUACACAUUUAGAAGUACCAAGUGAAUCACCAGUGGAUGAGGCCACUCACAAAGCCAUCACGCCAUCUCAACUGAAUGUGGGAGAAGAUACUACUAUAGUGCAUGAGGGUCCCACCCUGGACCCCCUGUUGGCCGGUUUGGUCUCAGCCUUCAUCAUUGCUGCAGUCAUCAUCACUCUGCUCCUUUUCCUCAAACUGCGAAGGAGAGACAGUCGACCCGAGUUCAGGAGACUACAGGACCUGCCUAUGGAUGAUAUGAUGGAGGACACACCCUUGUCUAUGUACAGCUACUGAAGGAAGCCAUAUUUAAAUUUCAAAUACUUGAACUGCGCUUUUGUCACAGCCAUAGUUUUUCUCUUCUUCAUCUGCCCGACAAGGAAGGAGCUCUGGGUUUAUGCAAGAAUCUGUCCUGAUGGAGGAGUGCUGGAUGAAAAAUGGAGAAGAGAAUUAUUUUUGCUUCAACCCACUUUGAGUUCACUUGAGUUGGUGAUUCGUGAAAAGCGGACAUUUUUGAACACUUGGAUGGUUCCUAGCUGAAUAUUGAUUGAAUCUAGUUUCUGAAUAACUUGGGACACUGUCUGCUUUUGGAGUCACUUGUUUAAAAUGAUAGACUAAGGUAUUUGAAUUUGAAACAUUAAGGUUAAGUGUUACAGAGUUUGCACUUUAUUUUUUCAGGGGUUGAAUGAAUAAACUAUUUUUGUGAAUGUGAUAAAUUGAGGCUUUUGUGCCUGAAUAAGUUUGUAAUGUGCAUACCCUGGUUUGCUCAGAUGCUUAAGAUUUUGAGAGGUUUUAUUUUGUAUUUCUGCUGUAGAUUCUUGUUACAUUCAUUGUUUUUGAGAGUGCCUUAACACAUAUUGUUCAGCUAAAUUUUGUUCCAGGCAUUUUAAUAAAAAAAAAAGUUGUCAUUCCCAUUCAAAUCCCAGUGAUACAUUUCCUUUCAGCUUUUCUAAGUGUACCCUGUAAUUUGUAAAUCACCUUUUUGACCAGAUACUCUUAAUUCCUUACCAGUUUUCCAAGUUUGGGACCAGCACAAACAGUAUACUGGUUAGUCUUUUGUGUUAUAAAUACUACUGACUAAAUGUUAAAACAAUGUCAUGAGUUUUGUUGCUGAAAAAUGAUUUAGUUGAUGUUUCAAGCACUUCAGUUUAUUUAUGCAUACAACACUCAAAUCAGGCAAAACAUUAUGACCACUGGAAAUUUUGUAACACAUUUGCUGUUGAGCAUGUUUUAAGCAUCAAUUAACAAAUAGUUUACUUUUAGAUAACAAGAUCACAAUAAUUCAAAUGGUAAUGACAAAAAAAAUUUGUCACGGGUCUUGGUUCUAGUUUAGAUGUAGUUAAUUUUUGGUACAUAAGAGCCUUAAUAUUUGGUCAUAUUGAUAUGCUUCUUCUUGCUUACUAAUGUCACUACAUUCAAUCACUGAAUGCCAUUGACAUACUAAAUGAAGAAUGAGCUGCCAUAACCAUGUUCCACUAUUCCACAUCAUUCUUAAAAUGCUGUAUUAAUUUCUCGAGCAGUUAACACCUUUUAUGUUGUGCUGAAUGAUGUAUGUGCUUUUUUGUUUAGCAUUGUACUUUGGUUCAAGAUUCUUACAAUUAAAACUCUU